GUAGAUUUAACCAUUUCUUGGGUAUAAGUUGAAUUGUGGACGUGAAAAUUUACAUUCUGCGUGUUACUGAGCUAAAAUUGUGAUAGAAUGGCGCUUUUCAGAAUCAUGUCAACAGCCGCGCUGCUAGCGACCGCGGCGGCUCAGUUCGGGGACUACGGUCUGGAGGGCCACGGGUUCGACUCCUACCACGCGCACAAGCCGGUCCUGCACACUCAAGUGCAGAGCAUCGACCACGACCACCAUGAGGAUUUGGCUGUUGAUUAUCAUGCUCAUCCCAAAUACACAUUCGACUACUCUGUGAAGGACCCUCACACGGGAGAUGACAAGGAACACUGGGAGACCAGGGAUGGAGACAAAGUUAAAGGUACCUACACCCUGCUCGAGACAGACGGGACCAAACGCGUAGUGGAAUACGAAGCAGACGACAAAAACGGUUUCAACGCUGUCGUCCACAAAAUAGGGACCCCUAAGGAACACCACGAGAUCAAACAUAUUCCCCACGAGAUCCCACACGAUAUACCCAAAGCCCCGAGCCAUCUUUUCGAACCCUCGUACCAUCAUGAUUUCCAAAAUUUUGAUGAUGGAGGCUUUGUACCCAUAGUGGGAGGAUUUGGUCAUUGAUAAAAAAAUGUAGAUCUUUUGAUUAGAUUAAUUAAUUUUACAUAGACUGAAGUUUAAAUUUAGUAGUGUCAUUUUUCGAUGGAUCUGAUGUCGGUAAAGUAAAUUUGGCGGUUUAAAUUUACAAUAUAUAAAUAAAUACCUAUAACGACUCAAUAUGUUUACGUUGUUGUUAUGAAAUGUAGACUAUAUUAAAACUUUUCGUCUUAUCUCAGCAUUGCCCCGGUUUCUUCCUCAGUUACUAGCGACGGAGCGCAUAGUCCAUUACUAUGAUUUACAUAAAAAAUAAGAUGAAUAUUCUGUAAAAGAAAAAGGUUUUCGAAAUUGUUAAGUACUUUUUUGUUUAAACCUAAAUAACUUUGGUAGAAGAUAAAUAAAGAAUGAUAUAAAUGAAUUUACAUAGCUAUUGUCUAGACAAAUAAAUCUCUGUGCCACAGAGGAGACAAAGCCAUUUCGGCUCACCUAACUAAUAAUUUUAUGUACGUACAGUCAG